GACGCUGGCUGCGAUGGGUUGGGGAAAUGGACGCCUGGAGAACGGAAAUCCAGUUUUCAAAAUGGACUCGAGAAGAGAGAACCUAGCGGAACAAUAACAAUGGAAGAAAUUGGGAACAUUAUCACAAAGCUAUCAACCUGCCAAAUUCCAGGCUCAGAUGAUGUCACAAGUUAAAAAAAGUCCUUCAUGAAAAAGAUCUUAAGCAACGUGAUGGAUUCAGAAGCUCAUGAAAAGAGGCCACCAGUACUUACAUCUUCAAAACAAGAUAUAUCACCUCAUAUUACAAAUGAUGGUGAAAUGAAGCAUUACUUGUGUGGCUGCUGCGCAGCCUUCAACAACGUCGCAAUCACAUAUCCCAUUCAGAAGGUCCUCUUUCGACAACAGCUGUAUGGCAUCCAAACCCGGGAUGCAAUACUUCAGUUGAGAAGGGAUGGAUUUCGAAAUUUGUAUCGUGGAAUCCUUCCCCCAUUGAUGCAGAAGACAACUACACUUUCACUUAUGUUUGGUCUGUAUGAGGAUUUAUCCUGCCUUCUCCACAAGCAUGUCAGUGCUCCAGAGUUUGCAACCCGUGGUGUGGCGGCAGUGCUUGCAGGGACAACAGAAGCAACUUUCACUCCACUGGAAAGAGUUCAGACAUUGCUUCAAGACCACAAGCAUCAUGACAAAUUUACCAACACUUAUCAGGCUUUCAAGGCCCUGAAAUGUUAUGGAAUUGGAGAGUAUUAUCGAGGCUUGGUGCCCAUUCUUUUCCGGAAUGGACUCAGCAAUGUCUUGUUUUUCGGCCUUCGAGGUCCCAUUAAGGAGCAUCUGCCUACCGCAAAGACUCCCAGUGCUCAUUUUGUCAAUGAUUUUAUCAGUGGAGGUCUAUUGGGUGCCAUGUUGGGAUUCUUGAUUUUUCCAAUUAAUGUUGUAAAAACUCGCAUACAGUCUCAGAUUGGUGGAGAAUUUCAGUCUUUCCGCAAGGUUUUCCAAAAAAUCUGGCUGGAACGGGACAGAAAACUGAUAAAUCUUUUCAGAGGUGCUCAUCUGAAUUACCAUCGGUCCAUUAUCUCUUGGGGCAUAAUCAAUGCAACUUACGAGUUCUUGUUAAAGGUUAUAUGAAAAAACCCAUCAGUUAAGUGCCAUUUAUUAACUGAAUAGACCUUCUAAGAAGAAUGCAGUUUGGCCUCUUUCUUAAUUGGCCAAACACAAGUUGGUGUCAUAACUCCGGGCCACAGUGAGUUAUGGGCAAAGCUGUUUUCCUUAAGCAUCAACAAAACAGAAUAAAAUGUUCCAAUAGGAAAAUAUAAGGGUUUUAU